AUGAACCACUUGAUUCAGGCCGUGGAGGGCUACACCAACGCCGCGAGAAUUUCGCGGCCUUCAGCCCCGCUACGCGGAACAGCCGCGGACAUCAUCGUCGUGGGCGUGCGCGAGCUCUACCAACACGGAUGGGCUGCGGACCCCAUGCUUCAGAAGGUUUUGCUGAUCGGCGAUGCCCCUGCUGCGGAGAUCAAUUUCGAGCUCCUCAAGGAACAGCGGGAGAGGCGCCUUCAGCAAGAAAGGCAGAGGUGCCGGCAGGAGGCGGAAGCAAGGCGGCAGGCGCUAGCCGACGAGCAGGAGGUGGCCGAGGCGGCGGCGCGCCGCGCGGCCGCGGAGGAGGCUGAGGCUUUGGCCAAGGUUGUCAGUGCGAUGAACGAGCCCGUCAGCCCCGACCAGGCCGUCUUGAGCCCAGGUGUGUCAGACAUGUCCGACUCUGCCGCUGCUACUGGCUGGGAGGCAAACAGCCCAUGGAAGACAGUGGUUUUCUCCCCCGAAGGAGACGAUCCCGCAGGGUCAGACGAGGGCAACUAUCAGACUCUGGUGCCAGCUCAUCUGCUGACCGGCAUCGACAGCGAUGAGUGCAAGACCCUGGUGCCACUGCCAGUGGCUUUGGAGUUCAGCCUCUCAGCCGCACUGGUGGCCGCUAGCGGCCCGCUCGACUCACUGCUUGAGCUUGACACUCCAUGUUCUGAUCUCAGCCCUCCACGGGAAGGUGCUGCCGGCGAAUCCCUUUCGGCGCAGGACUUUCCAGAAGCGGUGCAGGAGGAGGUCACCUUCGGCCAGCCAGUUUGGCUCCAUGUCUAUGAUCUGACGGACUCAUUCCAACUCCCAGUUCUCAAUUCCGCGCUUCGACGCGCAGGCGCUGGUCUUUUCCAUGCAGGCAUCGAGGUCCAUGGCUAUGAGUACAGCUUCGGACUCCGUCAGAGGGGCAGUGGGGUCUACACUUCAGUGCCGAAAGAGAACACGGCACAUGCGUAUCGUGAGUCGUUUCUGUUGGGCAACACUGCGGUGGACCGCAAAGAGCUGAAGAAGAUCAUCAAAGAACUCAAAAAGGAAUGGCCUGGAAGGAGCUAUGGACCGCUCACUCGGAACUGCAUCCACUUCUCUGCAGCCUUGAGUGAGCGGCUGGGGGUCGGCGCCGUGCCCGGCUGGGUCUACGGCUUCGCGGAGUCGCUUCGCUCCAUCGUGAAUCGCCUCGCUGACUGCUCGCAGUCUGUCGCCCGUAUCGCGGAUGAGACUGACUGCGCCGGCAUGGUUCAAAUCCUGGAUGCACAUGAGGCUGCACAAGAACAUGGCUGGAAUGGUUGUGCAGCUGCAGAGGUUCUUUUCUGGCAUCAAAGUGGUUUCCACUUCUCUCCCGCAGUUACUUCGGACUCCAAGCAUUCGAGGGAUUCGAAGUUCAGGAACUCACGGGCAGCCUGGUGGAUGCCUCUGGCCUCCGAGCUGUUUCUCUGUUACGCUCCGGUGCAGGUCAUGAUGCAAGGCAUUGUGUUCAGUCGUCUACAGUACGGCUCAAGUCAUGCUGCAGUCAGCCACGGCGUCAAGGAAUGUGCAGAGAAGGCUGCGACGAAGGUUGAAAGUCCAGAAGAAAAGGCCGCCCGCGAGAAGAAGGAACAGGCGUAUGCGUGGCUGCUGGAGUAUCAGCGCCAGCAAGCCGAGGAGAAAGCAGAAGCCGAUCGGCUUCGGCAGGAGCGAGAGCGGGCAGAGAAAGAAGUGAAGAUGGAGGCAGAUAGAAGGCGAAAAGCUGAAGAGGCUGAGCGGCUGGAGCGAGAAUGGCAGCAGCGGCAGCGGGAGGAGCGUGAAUAUCAGGAGGCCGCUCGACGAAGCGAGGAGGAGCAAGCCGAAGCCAUGGCGAAGCUCCGUCGCCAAAGAGAGGAGGCGGAGAAGAUGGAAGCAGAGAGAAGGCGUCGCCGAGACGAGGAAGAGCAGGCCGAGAUUCAACGACGUGCGGAACAGCUGAAGGAGGAGCGCAGGCGAGAAGAGGAGGAGCGGCGAAGGGAGGAUGAGGCGAGGAAGAGGCUGGAGGAAGAAGUGCGGCAAGCCGAAGAGGAGGCUCUGCGGAUGGAGCAACAGCAGCAAAGGGAGGUGGAGGAGCGCAGGCGCCAGCUCGAAGAAGAGAAUCGCCGCCUGGAAGAAGAAAGGCAGCGCAAGGAAGUCGAGAAGAGGGCGGAGGCGGAGCGAACGUCGGUAGGCGGCAGCGACAAGAAGAACUCCGACGCCUGGAGGAACAGCGCCGGGCCUUCGAGCGAGCAGAGGAGGAGAGGAUCAAGGCCAAGAAGCAGAAAGACGAGGAGGCCCGGCGGCAGGAAGAGGAGCGCAGAAGAGCUGAGGAGGAGCACCAACGAGAGGCGGAAGAGGCACCAGCACAUCGAAUCUGACGGAGAGGAACAUGGCCUGCCUAGGCCUGGUUUCUCAAACCCGCUCGACAGCCGCCUGGACAUGCUGGAAAUGGAGCUUCAGCGACUGAAGGGCAGCAGGCAAAUGGGCAUGACUGGCGGCAUGACGGCAGUGCCGAUGACUUUCACACAACCACAGCAGGCUCUGUCUCCGAUGAUGCCAUCGGGUCCACCGAUGUAUGCUAUGCCACAUGAGCCGACUGGGCCAGCGCCCUCAUUGGCGAACAUCGAGACGAAGAACCACGGUGAAAUCAUGCAGGCGUACAAGGACAUCGUCAAGAGCCUGCAGGAGUCGCAGCAAAAGCACAACGACCUCCUGCAGCGGCACAGUGACCUCACGAAGCAUCAUGUGGAGUUGAUGAGAGCACACCAGGAGCUCCUCGAGAGUUUGAAGAAGGGUGGUGCAGGCGGCGCCGGCGGCGACCCUGGACAAGCGAAAAAGAAUAAGUCCAAGCAUCCAGCCCUGGGCGUGGUCCGCCUGGACUACGACUAUCCGCCAGCGCCCGGAGACUCCGACCACCCAGGCAGCUUCGGCUACGAGGUUUACUAUCGCUGCUGCCCAGGGUUGACCUUCGAGAUGUGCCAGGAGGGUCACUUCCCCGAAGCGGUGGAGCGCCGCUUUGCCGAUGCGAUCAAGCAUCUGGAGGCUCGAGGAUGCGCGGCCAUCACUGGCGACUGCGGCUUCAUGAUGGCCUUCCACGUGAUCGCAAGGAAGAUUGCCGCCAAGCCGAUCUUCAUGUCCUCCAUGGUGCAGUGCCCCAUCAUCGCUGCCUCCCUGGAGCCUUCGGAUCAAAUUCUCCUCCUGACAGCCAACGACAAGCACCUGAAGCCGCAGAAGCAGGUUUUGCUCAGCAGCUGUGGAUUUGAUGUCGACGAGGACCGCUUCCUCAUCAAGGGCUGCCAGACGGUGCCUGGCUUUGAAGCUGUGGCGCUGGGAGGAAAAGUUCCGCUGGAAGUCGUCCAGCCCGGCAUCGUGAAGUUGGUGCAGGAGACAAGAAAGCAACACCCGAGAAUUGCUGCCAUCCUUCUGGAGUGCACGGAACUGCCGCCCUACGCAGAUGCCCUGCGCUAUCACACUGGCUUGCCGGUUUGGGAUGCAGUGACAGCCGCUGACUUCUACAUCUCUGCCCACCAAGACAACCCCAGGUUUGGGCACAACGACUGGCAAGAGGCGUGGGACGGAACACAUGAAGAGUAUGAACUGGGUCUCAACCUCACAAAGGACGAGCUCUCCCUGGUGGUGAGCAAGCACAAGGUGAAGGAGGAGAAGAAAUCCCGGGCGCUGCACAAAAAGAAGAAGUUGGACAAGGUCAUGAAGAAGGUGCGAAAGCAGCAGGCGCCAAUGCUGGGAGUUCUGCGCUUGGACUACAACUAUCCGCCGGCCACGGGCGACAUCGAUCAUCCGGGCAGCUACGACUACGAUGUUCUCUUCCGUGUGGUUCCGGGCUUCACGUUUGAGAUGGCGCAAGCGGGCAAACUGUCUCCGGACGUGGAGAAGGAGUUCAUCGACGCCGUGAAGUGGUUGGAAAACAAAGGCUGCAGCGGCAUCACAGGUGACUGUGGUUUCAUGAUGGCGUUCCAGCCUCUGGCACGUCAAGUGGCCCGUGUGCCUUGUUUCAUGAGCUCUAUGAUACAGUGCCCGAUGAUCUCCGUUGCUUUCGACAAGUACGACAAGGUGCUGAUUCUCACCGCGAAUGAUGACACACUGAAGCCGCAGAAGGAGACGCUUUUGAGCAGCUGUGGUUUCGACGUUGACGAUGCCCGCUUCAUGAUCAAGGGCUGCCAGGAUGUUCCUGGCUUCGACGCUGUUGCAAAAGGUGAGAAGGUGGACGUCGACUAUGUGCAGCCGGGCAUUGUCUACAUGGUCAAGCAGAUCCUGAAGAGCAACGCGUCGAUCCGUGCCAUCCUGCUCGAGUGCACAGAGCUGCCGCCCUAUGCCGACGCCUUGCGCCACGAAACCAAGCUCCCCGUCUUCGAUGCCAUCACCAACGCUGACUUCUUCCUGUCUGCCCGGCAGGACAAUCCGCGGUUUGGCUUCAACCAGUGGCAGCUGGAUUGGGAUGGCGAGCAGGAUGAGUACGUUUUCGGGCAGCACCUGGACGCUGAGCAGAUGGAGAAGCUGAUCAACUAA